CCCUGGGCAAUAGGGGAUCAUGGGGCCCCUGUGUCCUUGCCCAAGUUAAAAAAGCCUAUGAAAAAGGUACCAGGGGCAUCUCAUGGGGCCCCCUACUUACCCUGGGCCUUCAGGCAGUGCCUGAAUUUACAAAUGGUCAGUCCGCCCCUGCCUGUAUAUCUAAUGCUAGUUUCUAUUAUUUAUACAUCAAUCCUCUCUGAUCAUUGCUAAUUCAGAAGGUAGUGCAUAAUACAAAUAUCACAUCUGGUAUUAUUGUUAAGGUAUUCAAAUAUUAUUUCAUAAAGUUGACAAUAGUGCUGUGGAACAUCCAGGUGCUCUUUUGCAAACUUUAAAC